AUUCUUUUCCUGGAAAUGUAUUAAAUAAAUUACCAACUAUUUGGUAAUAGGGGAAUAUAAUUAUAAUAAUAGUUAUUAAAUAGUGUCUAUAAUAAAGUAAGUUUCAAUACAUUUAUAGGUAAAUAUUGGGGUAAUUUGACAGUUAUUCUAAAGAAAUUUCAAAUAGGUUACUUGCUAAUUAUCACCUAAUUACCAUGAACCUGUAAAAUGAAGGACAAUAACAGGAUCAUGAAAAUGGGCCUUAUUCUCUGUGACUGGUGUCAUCUGUGUUUGAGAGGUGGCUCCUGCAGUGUGUUCAUGUCACAUGGAGAGAAGGAGCACCGCCACCAGGUGCUGACAGCUGACACCAGAACAAACAGAGGCCCACUCAGACUCGAGGGCUUGUUUUGUGAUUAGGGGCACCUUUAUCUGGCUAGCUAUAGUUUGAGGAAGUUCACAGGGAGUGUUGAGAGCAGGAGAGAAAACACAAAAGCUGCAAUAUUCACUGUGUGGCCUUUUUAUAGCUUCACGCUGAAAGCUAAAUGCAUUAAAAUUCAGCUCGCAGCAGUGAAAAGAGUCAUCACUCUGAACCUCUCUUAUUCGCUCACAGGUGCCUUUGGGAGGACCGUUGGAAGUCAAUCAGCUGGGGAGCUGUCUCGACAGUUUGAGCUCCGAUCCAGAGGGACGUAAUGUACGGGCUGCUGUGUGAGAGUCUUCACGACUUCAUCAAGGAGUCGUACGGAGAUGACGUGUGGAAGCUGGUCAGAGAGAGAGCAGAUGUCAGGUUGCACUCUUUUGUCACCCACCAGGUGUAUAGUGAGAGUGUGAUUCCCCGUAUUGCAAAGGCAGCCAGUGGAGUGACAGGCACACCCUACAAUGAGCUGAUGAACUCCUGGGGUGUCUACUUCCUGGGCUUUGUCGGGAAGUAUGGCUAUGACAGGAUCCUCAAGGUGCUGGGUCGUCAUGUACGUGACUUUGUCAACGGCCUGGAUAAUCUCCACGAGUACCUGCGCUUCAGCUAUCCCAAGGUGCAGCCUCCGACUUUCUUCUGCCAGGAGGAGUCAGCCUCUGGAGUCACCCUCCACUACAGGAGUAAACGUAAAGGCUACCUGCACUACGCCAUGGGUCAGCUGAGGCAGAUGGGGAAACAGUUCUACGACUGUGACAUCCAUGUGGAGAUUCUGUCUGAGCAGAUUGUGGGAGAUUACUCUCAUGUCACCAUGAGGCUGAACUUUGACAACUCAGCCUAUCGCUACAUCAUGAAGGAGGACGAGGAGGAGCAGGAGAUUUUGCCCAUCACCUCCGACUUCUUCUUUGAGGUCUUCCCCUUUAACAUCGUCUUCAGACAGGACAUGGUGGUGCAUAACGUUGGCUCAGGCUUGUCUACGGUCUUCCCCGAUCUGGAUGGGAAGAAGAUCACCGAUGCCUUCCUGCUGGCUCGCCCCCUAGUGGAGUUCACCUGGAGCAUGAUCAUCUCGCACCCCAACAACCUGUUUGAGAUCAUGUCCAAGGAGCCCGUGAAGAGAGAGAGGAACCUUCACAACCGAGUCCAGAAUCUUGACUAUGAAAAUGCCAAUCGCCUCGCUGACGUAGAUGUGGAGCUCAUGGCUUUCCAGUCCAUCAUUGGAGAUGAUUUCAAAGACGGUAACAGUGCUAAUGCGAUGGAGAGCUGGGGCGAUGGGAGCCGCUGCCUGAGACUAAAAGGACAAAUGAGAUACAUGCCAGAGUGGGAGUCCAUCAUCUUCCUGGGAACCCCUGUGAUGGAGAGUCUGGGUGCGAUGUUUAAGACCGGCCUGUACAUCAAUGACCUGAGCAUGCACGACUCCAGCAGAGACCUGGUGCUGGCGGGCACGCAGCAGUCAGAGGAGCUGAAGAGAGCUCUCAUACAGGAGCAAAAGAAGUCCAGUAAACUGGAGGAGAGCAUGAAGAUGUUGGACUAUGAGAUGAAGAAGACUGAUGACCUCCUGUACAGGAUGAUUCCCAAGCCUGUGGCUAAAAGGCUGCGCAAAGGAGAGCCGGCUGUGAACACUUGUGAGGUGUUCCCAGAUGUGACCAUUCUUUUCAGCGACGUCGUGGGAUUUACUCGCAUCUGCAGCCACAUCACUCCGAUGCAGGUGGUCUCCAUGCUCAACACCAUGUACACGCUGUUUGACACGCUCAGCGAGAAGCACCGCGUCUUCAAGGUGGAGACCAUCGGAGACGCCUACAUGGUGGUAGCCGGGGCUCCGGAGAAGACAAAGUAUCACGCUCACAACAUCUGUGACAUGGCCCUGGACAUGGUGCGCUCCAUAGAUCACCUGAAAGACCCCUCUAAUGGCAACCACAUACAGAUCCGUGUUGGGAUCCACUCUGGGAUGGUUGUGGCAGGUGUGGUGGGACAUAAGAUGCCACGGUACGGUCUGCACGGUGACACGGUCCACACCGCAUCGGCCAUGGAGAGCAACGGAAAGGAGAUGCACAUUCAGCUCAGCAGCGCCACCUACGAGCACCUGAAAGGAAGCCACUUCAUCUUUGAAAGGAGGGGCACCAUCACCAUCAAGGGGAAUGUUGAAAUCGAGACGUACUGGCUGAAAGGAAAGAGGGACAAAGACGGGAACGCUCAGGCGGCGUGUCCUCAGUUUGAGAGUCAGACCAUCAUCAAGGUCAACAUCUCCGGCCCCGAGGCCACAGGAGACAAGGAGAGACUGGGUUUCCCACCGGUGGCAGGGCGGGACGAGGAUGAUGUCCGCUCUCAUCGUAUCAAGAUGGUGAUUUCGGGUCAUUCUCUGGGGGAGUCGAUGGAGGAGUGCCGGGUGGAGGAGAUGUCUGUUCACAAGCCCCACUAUAAGGAUGCUUUGCAUGACGACCUCCACGACGCUCACCUGGAACUGGAGUCCCCCGAUCUCGAUGGCAGAGACUCCAUGAUGGAGUCCCGUGGCAGCUCCUGUGACUCCCACCUCUCCAAGAGCACCACGUGCUCCGUGUCUUGAACCAAACAGUAACCAAUAACUCAGUUGUAAUACUGUUUCUAAAGCGCUUUUUGUACAAUAUAUGUUAGACCAAAUGCCAGAUAGGAAUGCUAUUAUUUUGGCAUCCUUGUGGUGAUGUCAUGACAAUCUCUUAUGACGUAUUUUUUUGAACAUGGCCUAGUCUGUAAUGCUUGAGAUUUCUAGUGCGUAGUGUUAUGUUGCACAUUAAAAUCAUCAGUUAGCUCUGAUUAUACAGAAAUAAAUCACAGCUAUCAUUGUUAACUUAAAUCAGUUUGAGUGAGCAGACGCUUUUCCAAUUAAUACCUCACAUCAGUCACCUCAAAGUACGAAGCUAUAACUUUGCUGUAUAACAUGUUUUAAUACCAAUAAGUGUUCACUGCCACGCAGUUCAGCUGGACGUUGCAAGCUCAGUAAUUUCCUGUUUUGUUCUGCUGCACCUCGUAGAUUUGACAUCUUAUUUCAUCCUUGGGAGAAAUCCCUCUGUAUCUCUCCCCCGUCUCUCCCCUCUCCUCUCUCAUCCUGCACGUCUGGAUUCAUCGUU